AUGGAAAGGACCAACUGGACAGACAUUGAGUUCAUUCUACAGGGACUUUCUGAGUAUCCAAGAGCAGAAAAACUCCUUUUUGUGAUGUGUUUGUUGAUGUACCUGGUGAUUCUCCUGGGGAACAGCACUCUGAUCAUCCUCACUCUCCUGGAUUCCCACCUUCACACCCCUAUGUACUUCUUCCUCGGCAAUCUUUCCUUCCUUGACAUUUGGUACACAUCCUCCUUUAUCCCCUCAAUGCUGAUACACUUUCUAUCAGAGAAAAAAACUAUCUCCUUCACUAGAUGUGUUGUUCAGAUGUCUGUCUCUUACACUAUGGGGUCGACAGAGUGUAUACUUCUAGCAGUGAUGGCAUAUGACCAUUACGUAGCCAUCUGCAUCCCUCUGAGAUACCCUAUCACCAUGAACAAGGCACUCUGUAUUCAGACGGCAGCUCUCUCCUGGGGAUUGGGCUUUCUCAACUCAUUGACACAAAGAAUUCUUGCAGUAGAAGGGCAAAACACUGUCCCUGUUUCUCCUUCUUAG